UUUGAAGCUAAUCGUGUAUCUCAGAUUAAAAAUGCUGAAAUCCCAUCUAUAUGGAGACAUGUUCCCGGCAGUCUCAACCCUGCUGACUGCGCCUCCCGGGGCUUAUCCCCUCGUGCGCUUCUAAAUCACCCUCUCUGGUGGUGCCCGAAGUGGCUACAACAGCCACCAUCUAGUUGGCCAUCUGACAAAUUAUGUCCGAUCGCACAACUUCCUGGACUACGUUGUCUCUUAGUCACCAGUGCAAGUUGCAUUCCAAGUCCUGACUUUCUGCUAGAACGCUUCAGCUCAUUCCAAAAACUAAUCGGCGUAACCGGUUUUAUUCUUAGAUUUUAUAAAAAUGCUCGCUCACCUAAUCAUCGUGAAACUUCCCCUUUCCUGACUGUAACUGAAAGAAAAAAUGCUCUUGUCUUCCUCAUUAGGCUUGUACAAAUGACCUCCUUCCCCACAGAAAUUGAUCUCCUCAAACGUGGAUUAACAGUUCGUUCCCCUAACAUUCAAAAAUUAAGCCCAUUUCUUGACACAACCGGUUUAAUCAGAGUAGGUGGCCGCAUACGGCACGCUGAUAUACCAUUCGAUGCGCGUCAUCCUUUACUUCUCCCAAACACUGGUAAUUUCGUGAAAAUUCUUAUCUUGCACUACCAUAAAGAAAACUCGCAUGCCCCACCUGGCGCGUUACAUAGUAUACUAGCCCGUGAAUUUUGGAUCCUGUCAGUUCGACGACUAAUAAAUAAUAUUGUGUUUAAAUGUCUGCCUUGUUAUCGUUUAAAUGCCAUCGCGAAACAACCUUUCAUGGGUGACCUCCCAAAAGACCGUGUAACAGCCGCACGUGCAUUUAAAGGAGUUGGUACAGACUUUGCUGGCCCAUUUUAUACGAAAGUACAAGCGGUGCGUAAUAGGAAACUCGUAAAAACCUAUCUGUGUAUAUUCGUGUGUCUUGCGACUAAAGCGGUCCACCUCGAGGUAGUCUCGGACCUAACUACAGAAGCCUUUCUCGCAGCACUUACACGUUUUGCCUCUCGACGCGGUUCACCCUCCCUUAUACGAUCAGACUGUGGACGAAACUAUGUAGGCGCGGACAAUCAUCUUAUUGAAGUUCAUAAUUUCCUAAACCUUAAUAAAUAUACAAUAGGCUCAGAGAUGGCAAAACGAAAUAUUACCUGGAUUUUUGAUCCCCCGACCACCCCUCACUGGGGCGGCCUAUUCGAAGCGGCCGUAAAAUCGGCAAAGGCCCAUUUAAAACGAGUAGUCGGAGAUACCCCACUCACAUAUGAAGAACUUACGACGGUUUUCACGAAAAUUGAAGGGGCCCUUAAUUCUCGGCCGUUGUGCCCCCUAUCGCCAGACCCUAACGAUCUUCAGAUUCUGACACCGGGACACCUUAUUAUUGGAGAACCCCUUACUGCCAUUCCUGAAUAUCCGCUACAGGAUAUUAAAACUAAUAAACUCACCCGAUUCCAGCUGGUGCAACAGAUGUUUCAACAUUUCUGGUCACGGUGGCAAACAGAAUAUCUAUGUACCUUGCAGACAAGGCCUAAAUGGGCAUCCUAUACAGACCCCCCCGCCGUUGGGGACUUAGUACUCCUCAGGGAAGAUAAUGUUCCUCCGUUAGAAUGGCGACGCGGUCGCAUCAUAUCAAUCCGUCCUGGGAAGGAUGGCGUUGUGCGCGUUGUACAGGUCCGGACGGCUACCGGCGUUCUGACCAGACCCACCAAUUGA